AUGGCUCGAUCGCGCGUGAUGACUAACCUCAUUGGUCGAGCCAAGUCAUCCCCGUCGGAUCAUGCACGAGCCCUCAUGACUCAGUCUGCCAUCCACGGUCAAUUCAACGAAGCCUUUGUUCUGGACGACCUGAACACAGUUGAUCUGUUCGACUCGUCUCGUUUUGUCUGCCGGCGCCCCAUGCUGUCCCUUAGCCCCGAGCAUGCACCACACUUUUUCACGGAUUCCCUUUUUGUUUCUGCGGAACAGCAGCAUCGCGCCAGUCCGGAUCGGGGGCAUGCCAAUCGAUUGUGCGAGAUUUUUAAUGGGACCCGCGUGAAAGAUUGCCGUGUGUUAACUUCGAAGCAGCGUUUCCCAUUUCGUCUGUGA